ACUUUGGAUGCAGGUAGAUUUUUGGUUAUUCUUAUAGCUGCAAAUGGGAGAAAUUUAGAGAAAUUGAAGCAUCCUUAUUGGGUGCUCAAAGCCCAACAUGGUUGGUGAGAGCUGGGAACAGGGAUGCAGCACAGCUGCUCACAGCCUGGCUGUCCUGGAGCCUCUUGUGGAGCACAGAGGCAUUUGGGUUUUGAUCCUGGAGAGUUGAUGAGUCCCUCAGUGUCCUGCAGGUGGUUGCAUCCAGCCAUCUCCAUAAGGGAGCACAGACUGAUGUGCAGUGCCAGGCCUGUUUGCACACCAUGUCUUAGCAGGGCAGGCUUACACUUCUAACUCCUUAAGGUUUCAUCCUCUUUAUAUCUCAUCCUGGUUUACCCAGCUGCCCUGCUCCAGUCCUGCUCAUGCCAGGUCUCCUUAUGUACUGAACUCAUGUUGCGGAUGGCAGAAGGCAGAACCAGACCUUGAGCAACCUCUGCAGUACAGAACUUCCUUUUAGGAGGAAGUUUUUCCCCCAGAGGGUGGUGAGGCACUGGCACAGGUUGCCCAAGGAGGCUGUGGAUGCCCCAUCCCUGCAGGCAUUCAAGGCCAGGCUGGAUGUGGCUCUGGGCAGCCUGGGCUGCUGGUUGGUGACCUGCACACAGCAGGGGGUUGGAACUGGAUGAGCACUGUGCUCCUUUGCAACCCAGGCCAUUCUGUGAUUCUAUGAAAUGCAAGCAGAAAACUGGGAGAGGAGUUGAUGAAUGUCAGGGUGGGCUUCUAGCAUUACUGAAGGUUAAACUGUGCCUGUAGCAUCCUCUGUGUCCCAUCUCAACCUGGCAGAGGGGAAAGCUUGCAUCACACGUCUCUGCUUGGGAGCCAGACAAGUGCCUGGUGCCUGGUACAGGGACGUGUGACCCCUGUGCAGCCCCAGUGAUGCUGGCUGCUCGUUGCUGCUCAGUGCUCCAGCAAAACUCGCACCCGUGCACCUGAUGAUCUCUUGGAAACAUUUCUACCUUUGGGAGUAUUCUGUUCUAUCAGCAAAGAGAUAAAAAAAGCUUCAUCUUGCUUUCCACUUGCUCAGCUUGCGGGUCAGCCCCAAGCAUUGCUGGCUCAGCCCUGCAGCCUCUGUGCAGAGGCUUCCCUGUGUCAAAGGUGAGGAAGGGCUGUUCUCCUCCUCCCAAAUCUCCCCCUCUUCCCCUUCCGCCUCGACAUGUUCAUUCAUGAAAAAACAUCUGCUGGAUGGAUGAGGAGACAGAAAUUAACACUGGCACGUUUUUCCCACUCGUUGGCCAAGGGAGGUUGUAGGCUCAGAGGGUUUUAAUCUUUGUUUUCACAGCUGGAUUCAAUAUUGCCCUUUCUCCUCUCCAGUGUUUCAUUGCUGCUCAUUCCCUCGAGCAACCUGCUGCAAAGCAAAGUGUGCACUCACAUUGCAGGACAGCUCACAGCCAGCUUCCCUGGGGCUGCCUGCACCUCAGGACCCAUGACCCUCACAGCCCCCUCUGCUCAUUAGGGACUGUGCUGAGAUUUAUGCUCUCCUACUGAGGCUCCAGAAGGGCGAUGCUGCAGUGACGAAGGUUCCAUCCCACGAGGAUCCUCUGAGAGCAUCUGGCUGCAGCUCAGCUCUCCCAGCUCCUUUCCACCUGGCUCCACGUGGGGUGAAGAGGUCCCAGCAGCAGGAAUCAGCUUGGUCCAUCCUUUGGUAGGGGCAAAUGCAUGGGGUCUGCCUUAGUCCUGUGCAUGGAGCAAACCCUCAGCCUAUGGUGCCAACCGAGACAUCAUGGGUCUUUCCUCUUGCUGCAGGGUUUGGGUAUAAGGUGGAGGGUGUACAGAAUGGGAUGUAGGCAUUGGUGGAGGUGGUGGAGGGUUUUUGUGACGCUCUUGUAGGGUUCUGUGGUGCUUGUGUAGGGCUUGGUGAUGGUGGUGUAGGGUUUUGUGAUGCUUGUGUAGGGUUUACUAGUGCUUGUGUAGGGUUUGGUGGAGUUGAUACGCAGUUUGGUGGAGGUGGUGUAGGGCUUGGUGGUGGUGUAGGUGAAGCCUGGUGCUCCUGUAAGAUCUGAUGGUACUGGUGGUCCUGGCAGUGUUUUGGAUCCCUGGAUGCCCAGCACAUAACACAGGCAGCUGUGUGCUCAUGCACAUUGCAGUGGCUGAGGUGCCAUCAGCCCCUCAUUGGGUGCCCAAGGGCUCGGACCUCACGCUCUGAAGUUCUUAAUGUCAAAGCUUCAGGCAUCAGCAUGGCCUGAUGCCAGAUGGGACUGGCUCCAUUCCCACCUGGACACCAGCCUGAAGGCACCUCUCCACCUCACCAUAUAUCUCCAGGCAGAGACACCCGUCCAACACCAUCCCACCCAUCCUGCGAGCUUUGGGGAUGAAAACACACACGUCCCGCCUUCUUGGCACUGGGGAUCCAGCUGUGGGGCUCAGUGCAGAAAGCCUCACACAGGGUGGUGGCCCACCUAUAUAAAUAAGGCCAGGAAGGCUCCCAGCCAUUCCCACUCCUUGCUCCCCUUUGGAUCUGAGCAGCCAUCCUCCGCCGAUGCUCCCAGCCCCGGCUCUGCUGGGGAAGGUACUGUACCGCUCCUCCGGGCAUCUCUGUCUCUCAUUUCUCUUUUCUGCACGUAGAUAUGACUGCUUAAAUAUCUCUGUGUAUAAUUACCUAAGUGUCCAUUGACAUAUUUACUGGUGAUACUGGUGCAACAGUAAAUCUUAGUUGGGUGAGUAGAAACCUGCAGCAGUCGUGCCGUUACCCAGCUAGAAGGGUGGGAAAUCUCGUAGUAGUACCGUUUCCUUUUCACUUUGCUUUCAGUUUCCUCUGUUAUCUAAGAACAGCACAUCCAACCUGUUUAUUUCCACAUUUAUCAUGUUUUAGACUCACGCUCUGUUCCCUUUCAGCUGUGUUUAAAUCUUAUUAGUACUGGUCAUCAGGUCGCAUCCAGAUGGGUCGCAUUCCCACACGGAGUGGUGGGGGACAUCCUCAUGCAGAAUUCAUGUCUAUUCUGUGUUGUAAAUACUUGCACUUGGCAAACUGCAGUUAUUUUUGGAGUGGUGAAGAAGCCUUUAUAUCUUUGUAUCCGGUUCUCAUUGCUGCCACUUUCUGGCAGGGACAUAGGGCUGCACUAAUCCACAUGGACCAAGUUAAAUCCUGGUGGGAGAACUGUCCUGAGAGCUGCUACAUGUAGUACGGGACUUUGGUCACAGUGACACUUGUCCCCACCGUGUGUCUGACAGGAGAGGUAUGUGCUGUGAAGGUGACACCAUCACUUUUCUGACUGGGGCUGCUAAAUAAUAGUCAGACUCUCAGAGUCAGCGAUCCACCACGCACAAAUGAAAUAAAGUAUUUUCAGUGUCUGCAGGAUGAGGUGAGCGUUCUGCCCUUGCUUUGGGACUUUGUCUUUAUCUCCAACCUCCAAGAUGUCCAUAAAUGCUGAGUUGCAGUUCCCAGCCUGGUUGGGUUCAUCCUGCAGGACGCUGCACGAACCUCUGCUCUUUGCUCCUCUUGUUCCUCCUCCUUUUUCCUGGGGCUCUUCCAGGCUCCCCUCUAACAGCAGCCUGUGGACAGGUGCUAGGAGAAAAACAGCUCCCUGGAACAGCCCAAAAUGGGGCCGUUUUUGAUGCCGCUUGAAUUUUUGCAGAGUUCCCUCAUCUUUCCCAUGCGCCCUGGCCUUUCUCCUCUCCGUGCAUCUCUGCUCAGUGAAGCGCUAAAGGAGGAGCUAAGGGCGAUGAGGGGUGGAGGUGAACUGUUGCAUGGCCACUCAUUGCCUGGGGAUCCGCUUCCUCCGGUUUCUUUUGAUUUUUGGGGGAUUUUUUUUCUUUUGCAAGUUCAGGAAGGUCUCCAGCAAGUCAAGCCUGGCUGGAUUCGUAGGGCUGCACUGGCAGCCAGCAGUGCUGGGAAUGCCGGCUGGGAGCUUUAUUGCUUCCUGUUAUGAGGGUUCAGGAGAUGCUCUGGGUUGGUGGGAGAGACGUGGUCCAGCACGAGCGCCAGGUUUGGCCCCAGCACAUGGGGUGGGGUUGGAAAUGUGGAGGUUUUUUUUCCUCUUUGCUUCUCCGGCUGCUUCAGGAAAGGGAAGCAAAUAAAGGGAAUAAUUGCUCGCUUUGGCCUUUGCAGAGACCUCUGGCUGUUGAAGCAGAUCUCUGCCUUGGGUCUGCUUGCUUUGGAGCGAGAACAGACGGAGAGAAGAAUGCUAUGAAGGGCAGUGUCCCCAUCACGGUUCUUUUCUUGCCACCUCUUUGCAUGUCAGCCUUGAAAAUGUCAGGAAAAAAAAGGUUCCAUCAUAAAAAAAAAAAGGGAUUUUGUCAACAUCGAAAUUUAUCUCAGGAAUGCGUCCAGUGCAGCGAAAAUUUCAGUCGGGAAGGGCUGGAAUAAAUAUCUUCUGUGCUCCAGCCCGAGCUUAGAUGCUUCCUCUGGGCUUUUGUGCUUUGUGAUUUAAAUCUUAUUGUUAUUUCCCUUUAUUGGAUUUUUCUUGUCAUUUUCAAAGAGAAGUGCUUUUACCUUUCCGCAGUUAUGAUUCAGUGAAAUCCCAGGGAAACAUUGCACUGUUUUUCAGCAGGAACAUUCUUCAUCCUGCUAACAUCUGGCUUUUUCCUCUGAUCACCAACCAAAGCAAAUUUAAUAGAAAUUCUGUUUUCUGACUUAUCUUCAAUGCCAAACUGUGCUCCACAUUCAGUGGUGACUGGGAGCUUGAAUUGAUUUUUGCAGAGCGUGUUAAAGAAAUCGGCCUUCGCCUUGUUUUCAGGCAUCCUCGUCACACAGCCAAAAAUCCUUAUGGGCUCUUUUUCUCAGUUUGGUCCUUGCAAGGGGCAGAGACCCACCGCCGUGUUGUCAUCCAGCUUAAAACUUUGAAGAGAUUGAAGAAUCGUAGUGUUGUUAAGGUCCAACCAUCAGCCCUCCAUGCCCGCUCAUAGAAUCACUAAGGUUGGAAAAGAUCUUGGAGAUCACAACGCCCAACCGUCCCUGCUCACAGAAUCACUGGGGUUGGAAGAGACCCCUAAGAUCACCGGGUCCUGCCAUCAUCCCGUCACCACCUGGGCCACCAAAUGGAUGCAGAGCAGAGAGCACAGACGAAUGAACCCGAUGCUGAUGGGGUGAUGUGUUGUAUCCGCACCAGGGUCGUCACCACCACUCUUCUGAGAAGCCCACACAGAGUUCUGUGAUGGAGCAGAUCUGAACAUGGGUGUGAUUCACCCUGCCUGUACGUUUUUACUGUGAGACUGUUGAGGUUUUGGCUGCAUCCUUACGAUGUGAGCCCUGAUUAGUCCGACAUCUUGGACAACACCCGAAGCAUCCCGGUCUAGAGUGAAAUGUCCCUGCCUGUGUCAGAGAUUGGAAUUGGUCCCUUCCAACCCAAACCAUUCUGUGAUUCUACAGCAAAAAUGAGCCCAUAAAGCCCACUUUGUAUGCGAAAUAGGGCGCAAAUGGCAAAGUCAGUUAUUAAACACUAGUGCUACUAAACAAGAGUACAAAUUCUCUGAUUCCUGUGACUGAGGACAAGACUGUGAUCUUCUAGAGGUGGUGUUUGAGGAAACACCAAUUUCGCAGCCCUAGGAAGGGGACAGGUGAGAACCCACAACGUGGGCUGGAUGUAAGUCAAGUGGCAGGCAUGGAGCAGUCCUCCUCGUCUUCCUCCUCUUCAUCUUCCUCCUCCUUCUCCACACCCAGCGGUGCCCGCCCAGGACCAGCAGAAGACAAUGCAGAUAACGGCAGGAGGAAGGGAAGCGCAGCGCAGGAGGAAGCGCUGACACGGAGGCUGCCCUUCCCUGAAGCACAUGUUUACAUCUGACAAAGAUCUCUGCUGAGCGCUGUUUCUGGAACAGCUCUGCUGGAGGCGUGGGGCUGCAAAGAGCAGCGCAACAAACCAGAAGCACUAAUGAAAUCAAAACCUGUCUCUUUUUCCCUUUUUUCUUUCUUUUCUUUCUCUUUUUUUUCUUUUCCCCAUUUAGCUCUUAUGUUUCGAAGCGUCACUUCUGCUCACAAAGCCAAGAGCUGAGCCUGUCUCUCUGUGGCUCUCACCGUCGCUCGCUGUGAGCCGUGGGCUGCAGAUCCCUUUUUCUCUCUAGGUUCUGUAAAAUAAGUCUCCAAACUCAUGUGAUGCUGCUUCAUGGGUCUUCUUUUUUAAUAAGCAAGCUCGUUAUUUGAAUGCAUUUCUUCACUUCGUGUAGUUUUGAAACAAAUCAAAUGAAAACCCAGAAGGUGAAAAUUAGAGAAGAAAGUGAACUCAGUGUCAUGCAUUGCAGAGCUGUGUCGGUCUGGGGCCAGACUGGAUACGUAUGUUUGCUACUCAUCACUUAGCAGGAAGAUGUAACACCAGAUAGAACCGUAAUUAACGACUGCAGUUAUUCAUUUCAGUGGGAAGCCAAGAGAAACACGUCAGGAAUACCAGUGGUGUCAGCUGGGUGAGGUGACCCCCAGCAGCCAGAAGUGUCCAGGCUUUUGUCACAUCCAUCCCCCUUUGUUUCCUGUUCUCAAUGCCAAGCACUGACUGAAGCCCAGGGCACUGGAUGCUGCACAGGGAGUGAAAAGGUUCCUAUUGCUCUUUUAGGCCAUAACAUUUAUUUAUGGCUACAAAAUCUCUGUUUGUUCUCCAGUGUCUGCCUUGGAAGGAAGAAAACACAGGCUGUGUAUGAGUGUGCAUACCCCUGCUGUUCUGUUAUUACCCUGGAUACACGCAGCCAAGGUUUUGGCCCUUGCAUAACCUGCUCAAAUGGUAAAAAACCAAUGAAAGCAGGCAGGAGGAAACGCUCAGCCUUCCCCAGGCGAUGGGUUGGGUUGGUGUGAUGGGAACCACGCAGUCCCCAGUGCCUGGAGCAAGAGAAGAUGAUGGCCAGCUUGUUUGCAGCAUGGAUGCUCCAAGAAGACAUCCACCAGAAGAGAUUACUGUGUGUAUAAAUAACCUUGCAAAGAGUCUGAAGAGCCUGUGUGACCCGUGGGACUGGAACUGCGCUGAGCUGCCUUUUAUCUCAAAGCCACUGCCUGCACUCCUGCGGAGUCUGGAAGUUAUUUUUAAGUAACUAAUAAUCCUGCUCCACAGCUCCAUCCUGCACCAGCUGGAGCUGCUGGAGGUCUCACCCCAGCCUGUGGUGGGAAGGAGAUGCUGGCGGCCAUCCCUCAGGUCUGGUGGGUCUCACGGUCCUGUAAAGGCAGGUGUGAAAUGUGUUGGGAGUGGGAUGGCAGAAUGGAGGUGACAGCCAGGUGACACCCUGUGCUGCCCCGGAUGUGAAGGAUCGUGCAGGGGUGAGUAUUUUAUCCUUCUUGGUCUGGUCUCGAUGGGAGAUGUCCAGGAAUUUUGGGAGGAGACCCAACAGAUCUGGCGGUCUCUGGAAACAGCUCCAUAUCCCCCAGCUCCUUUGGCAGUGCAAGCUUUGUGGGUGUGCUGAGCUCUGAAGCAUGCAGGCAGGAUCGUUUUGCCCAGGACGGUUGUGGAUGCCCCAUCCCCGCAUCCCCGGAGGCAUUCAAAGCCAGGCUGGAUUGUGGCUCUGGGCAGCCUGGUCUGGUGGCUGGUGAUCCUUCCUAUGGCAGGAGGGUUGAAACUAGAUGAUCUUUGAGGUCCUUUACAACCCAGGCCGUGACUAUUGAAUCUCUUUAGAAGCUUAUUUCCCCCCAGAUCCCUCCCCAGACCUGUUCUGAGUGUGACAGCCACCCCUCAAGGGCAUCUUCACCUCUACUUCCGACUUCCCUGAAUACGAGGCUCUUUCCACCUACCUAUCAGACAUAGCUGCUUCUGAACGAUGAAUUAGCUCAUCAUUGCACAAGGGUAAUUAGUUUGUAAUUUAAAGUUACCACAAUACACCUAGAUCUGUGGACACAGUGGUUUGGCUGAAGUGCUCCGCCAACGUGGAGAGGUGCAGAAGAUGCUUAGUGGGCAUAGUGUGAUGGGCUGCUGGUUGGACUCAAUGAUCUUUUAGGUCUUUAUGAUUCUGUGCUGCUGCUGCUGCUUGCCUGAGAUGCUCCAGUGAGCAGGAAUUGCCACCCCACAUCCCACUGGGCUCUUUGGAAUACCCAGCUUAGUCAGAACCCUCUUGGGACGAAGAUUGCUGGUAAAUCGUAUGUCCCCUUUGAUCAAAAUGUGCUCCUCCCAUGCUUUUACCCCUCAAAGGCUGGGUCUGAUCCUUUCUGCUGUUUCCCUCUCCCGGGGAGGUUUUCUGCCUCAGCUCCCCACUUUGACCCCGCAGCUACCUGGAGCCCUGACCCCACUGGUGACAAUAAGGGUCCCUGUGGAUGGAGCAGGGCUGAGAGAUGCCCCCAGGAGACAGGGGCUCUUCUCCACUUGCCUCAGGCUUCACGCACAUUCCCACACUUACUAAUUCUUUUUCCUUCCACAAAGAGACCAGAAAGCCCUAAAAUGUACCCAAAAACCCUUUUCCAGCUGUCCCUAUCCAUGAACAGGGGAAGCAGCGAGGCAGGACCUUCAGAUCACUUCUCACUACAGAGCCUUGCCUCUUUUCCUUUUUUUUCCCCCUGCUCUCUACCCAAGGAGCUUUUGCCAAAAUGCGUUUUCCACAUGUUCCCUAUUAGUCAUGCUCUCUGUCUUACAAAUCUGUUACCAGCACCGCUAGCCGAUGCUAUUAAUUUACUUCCAGUCCGCUCAAGAGCUCGGCAGCAAAAUUCCAGGCACCGUUCCUAAAACCAGAGCCGGCGGUUUGUUUGGAUUUAAAAACCGAUGCCUCCUUCCUGCCCGGUAUAUAUAGCACCUUCUCCCGAAGCUUGGGGACACCCGGCGAGGAGAGGGGCUGGGGUGGGAGCUGGGCUGCCCCAGAGGCGGGGUCUGCAGAGCCUUAAAUCCUGCCCCAGGGCUCGGCGUCCCAGCGGAGCAUGGCGUGAGCACGGCGGGACUUUAUCUAGGGCAAGGCGCAGGAAUGCUGGUGGAGGAGGGCAAGCAGCACCAUGUCUCCGUUAUAACUGAGUAGCCCUUAUGACCAACAUGAGCUGGAGCUUUCUCACCCGCCUGCUAGAAGAGAUCCACAACCACUCCACCUUCGUGGGGAAGGUCUGGCUCACCGUGCUCAUCGUCUUCCGCAUCGUCCUGACGGCGGUCGGUGGAGAAUCCAUCUACUCUGAUGAGCAAAGCAAGUUCACUUGCAACACCAAGCAGCCCGGCUGCGACAACGUCUGUUACGAUGCCUUCGCCCCGCUGUCACACGUUCGGUUUUGGGUCUUCCAGAUCAUCAUGAUAUCCACACCUUCAGUCAUGUACCUGGGCUACGCCAUCCACCGGAUCGCCCGGUCAGCGGAGGAGGAGAAGAAGUUCAAGGGCUUCAAGAAGAAGAAGCAGUUUGCUUUGAACUGGCAGGCGGUGCGCAACAUGGAGGACGCGAUGGAGGCGGAUGAAGAGGAGCCCAUGAUCUCCGACGACGCAGCAGAAAAUGAGAAAGCCAAAGCCAAGCCCAAGAGCAAAGAGCAGCAAAAGCACGAUGGGAGGAGGCGAAUCCAGCAGGAAGGACUGAUGAAAAUCUACGUCUUCCAGCUGCUUACCAGAGCUUCGUUUGAAGUUUGUUUUUUGAUAGGGCAGUAUUUGCUCUACGGUUUUGAGGUAGAAGCUUAUUUUGUCUGCAACAGACUGCCUUGUCCUCACACGGUGGACUGCUUUGUGUCCCGGCCAACUGAGAAGACAAUCUUUUUGCUGGUGAUGUACGUGGUGAGCUGUCUGUGCUUGCUGCUGAACAUGUGUGAGAUGUUCCAUCUGGGCUUCGGGACCAUCCGAGAUGCCAUCCGCAACCGGAAAAUCAACAGCUUCAGGCAGCCCCCCUACAACUACGCCUACCCCAAGAACAUCUCCUGCCCCCCCGAGUACAACCUGGUGGUGAAAUCGGAGAAGUCCACCAAGAUCCCCAACAGCCUGAUGGCUCACGAGCAGAACCUGGCUAACGUUGCGCAGGAGCAGCAGUGCACCAGCCCGGAUGAGAACAUCCCAGCGGACUUGUCCACCCUCCACAAACACCUGCGAGUGGCCCAGGAGCAGCUGGACAUAGCGUUUCAGAGCUAUGGCAGCAGCCAGGGCAACGCGCAGCCCUCCCGGACCAGCAGCCCUGCCUCGGGUGGCACGGUGGUAGAGCAAAAUAGGGCCAACACGGCCCAGGAGAAGCAAAGCGCUAAGCCCAAGGCGUCCUUGGAGAAAGGCAGCUCCAGCAGUAAGGAUGGAAAGACGUCUGUGUGGAUAUAGCCUGUCUGCCAGCAGAGAGGGCAGCGUUAAGUGGGGUUUUAUUUGGGGUUCUGUUUUUCAGUAUGUCUCGAGUUUAUUUCACAGGGCACAGAUGCAUUUUUUCUGUGGAAGUCAAGAGAGAAAAGGAAUUUCAGACCAAUUUAGUACUGUCUUCCGGUGCAUUAACAAAAGACAUUUCCUUCCUCUUUCCAACACGUCCUCCAGCCGGGAACCUCCAGUGAGCGACAGCGACCGCUGCAUCCCGCCGAGGCUGGACAGCCUGCUGUGAUGGAAGCAGGGAGCAGCUCCCACACACAGUGCUGCAGUCAGACGGCCUUUAAUUACUAAAUAUCCUUAAUCAAAAUUAAUUUCCGAUCCCUUGAUUAGAAAGGAAAGUGACUGAUACGUCGAUGAACUUUCACGGCACGCUCCCAGCUAACGUCUCACCGGAAUUUUUCAGUGCACAGCAGGCAGCACUGCAAGCGAAGGCAGCAGAGGUGCAUGCAUAGCACAGCACUGAUGGAUUUCAUCUUUCAUUGUGUGCUGAAACAAAAAGCAAACACGGCCAAACACUCCGCAGUGUGAGUUGGCAGUGACACUGCUGCUCGUACUGGUGCCUGCGUAGCGCUUGCUACAGAUGGAAUCACUGCAGUUACAGUGUUUUUAACAAACUGCUGCUUCACAUCAUCAGAAAGUGCCUUUUUGCAACCAGGAAAACAAAGUCAUAAAGGGUGUCGACUUCUUCACGUGCUAAAUUUGAGUAAAGAUGGGAAGAUCAGUGUUGGCAGGUUUGUUUUUCUGUUUAACCGAACUGUUAUACAUAGUGGCAGACAGCAGACCUAUGCAUAGCGCGUAUACGAUGCGUGUGUGUGCACAUGUCAGCAUAUAUAUGGACACAUGAACAUGUGUGUGUGCAUAUAGAUACAUAGAGAUAUAUAUAUAAAUGUGAUAUCAACCCUCUGGUAAUUUUACAGCCUUCCACUUUCCCUGGGAAAUCUUGUUGGAUCCAGAAGGAGUGUCAGUGGGAAACGGGCAGGUUUCCAUACACUUGCUAGGGGGCUCAGCAGAAGACCUGGUGGACAGGACCCAGGGCAGCAGCAAGAAGUCUGCCUCUGUUUUGUGGAGAGAUUUUGUUGCCUUUGCUUGGUUUUAAGGCAGUCUCCUUGCAGUUGCAGGAGCUCCAAGGCUCCUGCUGGUGCUGGAUGUGCUUUGGUGGGUGGUUUCAUCCUGGAGCUGAGGCGUUCUUGAGAUGCCUGUGGUGAUUCACCACCAUGGAGGCAAAGUAGGCAGAGCCUUCCAGAUCAAACUUUACAAGGAAGAAUUAAAUCCUUACAGAAUACAGCAUCAUUCCUGUGCUGAGCUGCUCCCUUACAGCCACGCCAGCAUACAAGCCCUCAUGCCACUAUUCCUUUCAUGUUACUUCUUGAUGGGCUCUUACUCAUGACCCUGAGAUCAGUCUCUGAAGCCUUGAGGGCAUCUGCUCUCCCCAGCCAGCACGAAAGCUGUGCAAUGCCCCUGGAGAACAGUGCUGGUAGCAAACAGUAGGUUUUAAAAGGUGCAAAGAAAUGUUCUCUGAGGUAUCCAACUGCAAAUAUUCGGUAUGGCUUUGGGUAACAGUCUGGAGACAGCUCCAGGCUUGUUCCCGAUCCUGCAGGAGGCACUGCCUGGAGCGCUGCCUGCUCUUGCUGCUGGAGUUGUUCUCUUUGGAUACAGGCAGCUGCAUCCCACAGGAGGCUCAGCGCAUCGUGCAGCAGCACUGGUCUGCAGCAGCACACACACAUCGCGUGCAGGGAUGUUUUGUAAUGUGAAUUUUCCAUCAGAGGCUCAGAACUAUGAGGUUCUGAGCACGGUUCAUCAGAGGUUCACAGCACAGUGGUAGGACAAACAUAUCUGCCCACGCUGCUCCUUGGCCUACAUAUGGGCACCCACCCAAUCGGGCAAUGCAGGGAGACUGGGUGCUGCUGGCAGUGCUGUCGUGAAGGUACAGACAGCCCAGGGCUUAUUCCCCUGAAGAUUUGGGGUGAUUGAAGACUGUCUUAUCUCCGUUAGCUCUGCUGUAAGCCAAGCAACCCUACUUUCACCAGCCUGUCAUUUCCGUGCCAUGGAUCCAGCACGCCAAGAGGGAUGAUCAGGCAGUCCUGCAGCAGAUUUGCAGCCUCCUCCAGGCUGGUGUCACCAGCACAUUUAAUACGCACACGCUGUUUUCCAUAGUGGGAGUCAAUAAUUGCAGUAUUGAUGAGCACUGGAGCCGGGGCAGACACUUGGGUGUUCAAUACCAGCUCCUCAUCAGGCAGGGUAACUGCUCACUCUGCCGUCCUCCCAGCCAGCCCUGCUCAUCUGUAGGGCUUGAAAACUUCCUUGUAUAAAAUGCUUUGCAAAUGAGGGCUGAUCUCACUUUCCCUUUUUUUUUUCUUUCUUCUUUUUCCAAGCUUUUUGACAGGGAUUGAAGCAAAAGGGCACACUGCUGGCAGGACUGCUUAAUGCCAGGAUCUUGUGGUGGGCUGCCAAGCUCCCAUACGCUCCUCUAUACCAAGAAGGAGCCGCCCCUGUUCCUCCAGCCACCAGCAUGAGUCAGAUAGCCCUAUAAAUAUGGAGGCUUAUUAUUAUAAUUAGAUAUACCAAAUUGCUCACUUCCCCCUUUCCUCCACUGCUUGCCCUCCGGAGCUCUUAGGAUGUUGUGUGCUCCACUGAGUCACCUCCACCACCAAGGCACCGACGUCUCCGCAGCAGUGACCCCUUCCAGAGCAGGAAGGGAAAUCCCGUCUUUACUGUGUCUGUUAGGGCAGGAAAAGGAUAGGAAGGCAAAAUAUGUGUAACCACAAGCAAAAGCCCCGCCACAAACCAAACCGGAGGCUUGAGGAAUUUCAAGCAGACGACGGGCAGCAUCGGCCAUGGAAGAAAUGCCAGUAUUACAACUAAUGCUUUGCUUUCUUUUCUGCAGGUUAGUCAUUCAGUUCACGCUCCAGACGGGUUUAGCUCUGUAGCUGAACUAAUCAUAAAUGUUGAUUCCCUCACUAAGCUUUGCUGGAUAAAGUGCCCGCCCUUGCGUUUCUGUUCUUACCAUUCAGGGCCAGGAAUGUCCCACGUAAAAGCCAGAUUACCUUGUUGCUUGCAUUGCAUUCCACUGGAAAAUACUUGAACUUAACUCAAGGCCAUAACCAGUCUGUGCUGUUAUGAAGUUUCUGGGAUAUUUUUUUUUUGUUCAUUUUUUAUGUACUAACUGUAUUUGUACUAGAAAAUUUUUGAGUAUGAGGUUGAAUCUCUCUAAGUAUUUCUCAGUGUAAAUGUUCCAUCUGGACUGUAGUUAGGUUAAGCAUUGGUCAAAAGAGAAUGAAACAUUAGCCCGACUCUUCAACCGGCUAUUCCACGUCCAUUACUAAUAAAACAGAAUAAAACUUACAUUUUGUUACAGAAUGCAAAGUGUGUGAUGUUUCCGUGAGAAGGAAGACGAGUGUUGAUGAGAAGAAAUUCUUCCCCAUCUAUUGUUUGCCUGCUUUAGCCAUAUAAGACCUCUAUUUUCCCACAUACAGCUAUAAAUCACUGCAAAAUAUUUUUGCCUUAAGAAGUAGUUGACCUUCUGGUUGUUUGGGAUGUGUUGUCUCUCUGAUGAAUCACUGCCUGCAGUUCCUUCAGGCAUGGAGCUGAAGCUGCCUAGGAAAGCCUGUGCUCCGAAAAGUGAAAAAACUUUGCUGAGUCCGGGAGAAGUUACGGCUGCAGCAGAGUAAA